AUGCCGCGCCCCAAUCCAGACUGGGUCCAGGCCCUGACGCCCUCGGGGCCCCAGGGCUCAGAGCUGCUGGCCCAGGAGCGCGCAAAGUCGUCCCUCAACAUCGACCAGCUCGCCAGCUUCAUGUUCACCGACGAGGUCCUCGAGCGCAAGGCAAAGAUCCUCGCCAUCCUCCAGGCCCACCCGACCUUUGACAAGUCCCAAAACUACUUCCGCGGCCGCACCGAGCGCUUCGAGGCCGCACUCGCCCGCGCAAAGGCUCUCCGCCAGCUCAGCGAGAAGCACAACUGGUCCGACGAUGAUUACGUAAUGGCCAACGACCUCAUCAGCGAGCCCACCCCUUAUGGCCUCCACGCGACCAUGUUCCUCAAGACCCUCGAGGAGCAGUCCACCCCUGAGCAGAAGAAGCGCUUCCUCGAGCCCGCCAAGCGCUACGAGAUCAUCGGCUGCUAUGCCCAGACAGAGCUCGGUCACGGCUCCAACGUCCGCGGUCUCGAGACCACAGCCACCUGGAACCCCGAGGACAAGACCUUCACCCUCCACUCGCCCCACCUCACUGCCUCCAAGUGGUGGAUUGGCUCCCUCGGCAAGGCAGCCAACCACGCCGUCGUUGUCGCUCAGCUCAUCAUCAGCGGCAAGGUUUACGGCCCCCACCCCUUUGUUGUCCAGAUCCGGGACCUUAAGACCCAUGAGCCCCUAGAGAAUGUCCACGUUGGCGACAUUGGCCCCAAGUUUGGCUACAACACCAUGGACAAUGGAUUCCUCCUCUUCAACCACUACAAGAUUCCUCACAUCAGCCUGCUGGGCCGCUUCUCAAGCGUCGACCCCAACACGAGCAAGUACAUUCGCCCGUCCAACCCUGCGCUCGUCUACGGCACCAUGACAUACAUUCGGUCCGGCAUCGUCUUCCAGUCGGGCUCGACACUCGCCCGUGGUGUUACCAUCGCGACUCGCUACUGCGCUGUCCGCAGACAGUUCCAGGAUCGCGACACUCCCAAGGGUGCCCCUGCCGGCGAGAACCAAGUCAUUGACUACACCAUGGUGCAGUUCCGCAUCCUGCCUCUGCUCGCGGCCUCUUAUGCCCUGCACUUUACUGGCCGGAGCAUGCUGAAUCUUUACAAUGCCAACCAGAAGCGCAUGGCCCAGUUUGGCAAGGCCGGCAAGAACGACUCCCGCCGGUCCCCUGGACCUGAGGAGAUCAAUGCCGGCAGCGAUCUCCUCGCAGAUCUUCACGCCGUCUCCUGCGCGCUCAAAUCCUUCUCCUCGACCACUGCUGCUGAAGGUCUCGAGGUCUGCCGCCGCGCAUGCGGUGGUCACGGCUACUCUGCCUUCUCUGGUAUCGGCUCCUGGUACGCCGACUACCUGCCAACUGUCACCUGGGAAGGUGACAACUACAUGCUCACGCAGCAGGUUGCCCGGUACCUGCUGAAGUCUGCCCGCCUUGUCCUGGCUGGCAAGGCGCCUGACAAUGAUGGCAUCGCCAAGACGUUCAAGAACUUUGUCCGCCGGCAGGACUUUGGUGCUGCCUUUGAUGUUCUCGACAGCGACCAGGACCUCGUCGAUGCUUUUGGCUGGCGUGUCGCCUUCCUCUCCUUCGAGGCCCUCAGGCACCGCGACGAGGACAAGCAGUCUUGGAACUCGUUGCUCAUCGACUUCUGGCGCCUCUCGACCGCGUACGCGCAGUACAUGGUGGUCAAGAACUUCUACGAGGCGCUGCAGUCCACCGAGACCACAUCCCAGCUCGACCCAGAGACGGUUGCCCUGCUGCACAAGCUGUUCCAGCUCUUUGCGCUGACGCACCUCUCCUCGCACGCCUCCGAGUUCUUCACCUCUGGUGCCACCACGGUGCGCCAGAUCCAGCUCGCCCGGACGAAGCGCACCCUGGCCCUGCUCAAUGACAUUCGUCCCCACGCCGUCCGGCUGGUUGACGCCUGGAAGUUCCCAGACUGGCAGCUCGACUCGGCCCUGGGUCGCGAGGAUGGCAAGGUGUACGAGGACUUGUUCCACCGUGCGUCGCAGGUCAACCCUCUCAAUGACAUUACCAUUGAUCCGUAUCCCAACUCGGGCGUGCUGUUCAAGAGCCGUGGCGAGAAGGCCAAGCUGUAA